GGCUGCCUCUUCUCCUUUUCAUGACUACAGAUCUCUCUCUGAUAUGCUCAUGCCCUAUCGCAAAGCCAUAUAAUCAGCUAUAAAAUUCAAACAGGAAUGAUUUGCCAAUUUCGAAGAUGUUAACAGUAGAGUGGGAGUCAGAAGGACUGCAAACAGUAGGCAUCGUAAUGAUUAUUUGUGCAUCUUUAAAGCUACUUCAUCUGCUGGGACUAAUUGACUUCUCAGAAGACAAUGUUGAAGAUGAAAUGGAAAUGGCUACCGUGCGGCAUCGCCCCGAGGCUCUCGAAUUGCUGGAAGCACAGACUAAAUUCACGAAAAAGGAGCUACAGGUUCUGUACAGAGGAUUUAAGAAUGAAUGUCCGAGCGGUAUUGUUACUGAAGAAACCUUUAAAGAUAUUUAUGCACAGUUCUUUCCACAAGGAGAUGCUUCGACUUACGCACAUUUUCUGUUUAAUGCUUUUGACACAGACCACAACGGAUCUGUGAGUUUUGAGGACUUUGUAAUGGGUCUCUCUACGUUGCUACGGGGAACAAUAAAUGAAAAACUUAACUGGGCUUUUAAUUUAUAUGACAUUAACAAAGAUGGAUACAUAACGAAAGAGGAGAUGCUUGAUAUUAUGAAGGCUAUUUAUGAUAUGAUGGGGAAAUACACAUAUCCUGUUGUUAGAGAAGAAACACCGAAACAACACGUGGAUAAUUUUUUCCAGAAAAUGGACAUAAAUCAAGAUGGAGUGGUCACUAUAGAGGAAUUCAUAGAGAGCUGCCAGAAAGAUGAAAAUAUAAUGUGCUCCAUGCAACUGUUUGAAAACGUGAUUUAGCACAUGAACGAUGUGAAGAACAGGCCUUUUAUCUAUUUUUGACAAAGAUUCGGAGCUGUAAUUUUCAUCUUACCAUAAAUAGACUGUUCAGCUUUAUACAAAAUCAUAUAUUAUGCAAAACAGCUUUUUGUUUCUUGC